UUUACUAGGAACAGUCAUUUUCAAGAUGGCAGCGCCCAUGGUGAUCAUGGCGAGACCUGCGUCUGCGAGAUCUUUGACCUUGUUUGCAAAUGUUUGUCAGACAAGAUUCAUUAGCUUAAUUCGAAGUCAGAGGAAAAUAUGUGUUUCAGCAACAAGAUCAACUUCAGAUAAAACUGUGUCGGGAAAUGCAACUACAAACAUGAAUGGUACAUCCCAAAAUUUGUCUGUUGCCUUCAAGGAUACAAUGCAGAUGAGAUCUACACAGGCUUCUAGGAGUCUGUUAGUGAGGUUAGCAAAUGGUACAACUGUUGAAAGCCUUCUACAAUACUGUAAUAGCCAAGGAAAGGUAGAACAUUACUUCACUUACUUCCAAAAGGCUCACUAUGUAGUUGUAGAAUUCAGCAAAUUGGAGACUAUAAAGCAAAUCACUUCAAAGGCCCAUUCUACAGAGGGCAAGGCAGGCAAGCAGAUAGAUGGAGCUCAGGUGGAAUCCCGCUUUCUCAGUUUCUCAAGACCUCUGAAAAACAAGGAUACCAAUGUUUUGAAGCACAAAUCUGAUGUUGUCAUCCUGAACAAAGAUUUGAGUAACCUGCAGCUUCUACGAUCAUUGUCCAGUGCUCCUAAUGUGGAUGCCCAGCUCGAGUUGAUGUUGCAGGAGCAGAAACUUAGGGAAUCUGAGAUCAGACUACGAUUUCUAGCCUGCUCCUUGAUGGAGGAAGCAUUCCAAUGCAUUCUUCCUGAUGCCACCCUGCAUCCUUUUGGUUCAUCCAUCAAUGGCUUUGGCAGACGGAGUUGUGACGUUGAUAUGUACCUUGAUAGAGGUACAGCUCAUGGGGUCAUUCCACUCAAACAGGGAAGGAAUAAAUACAAGCUUGGCUACGACAGGCAGUCAGCUAACAGUGAACGGGUGGCCACCCAGUCGACACUCUUCACCCUGGCAGAGUUUCUAGAAAGGCAUGUUCCUCAAUGCAGUUCUGUCAACAGAAUACUCAAUGCUAGGUGUCCAUUGGUCAAAUUCAGACAUCAGGCAACAGGGCUGUCUUGUGACCUUACUGGCGAUAACAGGAUAGCUAUGAAAAGCUCGGAAAUGCUAUACAUAUUCGGUCGCUUGGAUCCUAGAGUGCGCCCUCUUGUGUUCAUGGUGAGACAUUGGGCACGGCUUAACGGCAUCACCAACAAUAAUCCUGGAUACUGGAUCACCAACUUUCCCCUAACUCUGCUUGUAGUAUUCUUCUUGCAGACCAGACCUCAGCCUGUCCUUCCACCUCUAAAUGAGAUUGCUAUGUUUGAACCAUUUUCUGAAGGUACAGAGGAUGAAGAGAAGGAUGUAGACCUUGUGUUUACUGAUGAAGCUUGUAUUACGGUAUCUAGAAACAAGGAAACACCAACUGAGCUGUUGCAGGAGUUCUUCCACUUUUGUGCCACCUUUGAAUUCAAGAAAUAUGCUCUGUCUGUUCACCGUGGCUGUACAUAUCCUAUACCAAACAAUGGCAAGAUCUUCCCUAUGUACAUUGAGAACCCACUAGAGCCUGAACUGAACUGUAGCAAGAAUGUCAGUGGUGAUCUAGUAGACAGAUUACGUAGGCUAUCACAGGAAGCCGUAAGGACCAUGGAAAGGCUUGAUUUUUACGAUGCAGAUGCCAGCCAUGAUGCUGUGCACUCAUGGGGUUUGGGGGCGCUGUUGAUGGGGUCCGUCCAGGGGAAAGGAAAGCAACGUUCAGUAGCAAUGGAGAGGAAGCUUGGAGCCAUGUUCCGGUCGCUGAAUAGAAGAAAGUUUUCAACAUCUUGUAAAAGGACUUCAGGAGUUUUAUGCAACUGUAGGAACAUUGUCCACAAUGUUAGUCCUUCAGUCCCCUUUCACUUAUCUACUUCAUGUACAGAUUAUCUAGAUGAUGUUGAUUCUGUAUCAUGAUAGUUAAAGGAGUAUUUCAUAGCAUAUUUUAUCAAUGGACAAGAGCAGUGCCUUCUUCAUGUUUGUCUGUUUAGAGUGAUACAACUUGAAAUCAUGUUCUGCUUUACAUGCAAUAGACAACUGGUAUUCUUCAAACCAAUAAACAAUAUGUUCACUAGAAUAAUCACAUGUUAACAUAUCCCUCGAAGCCUAGCAUGGCACAAGAAGAACUUCCAGAUGAUGUAUCUAAAUUGAUAGGUGCUGGGAUUGCUGCCUUUUUUAAAUUGAAUUUAUAAUAUUUGACCAAGCAUCACAAAACAACUCCAGUUGCACAUUUUUGUAACAUCUUGGCAAAUCAAUGUGAAUACCUAUUCAUUUUUGCCAUUCCUGAAAAAAAAACCUGUAAUUCUAUGGAGCAAAUCACUAAUAAUCUAUUGAUUAUUUUGAAGUUGACGACAGGAAAAUGUGCGUGUGACCUUGAAAUUGCUAAACUUAUCAAGGCUGGAGUGCAGUAAACUUCCUAAUUGGUUUAGUAGUACAAAGCAUUUUAGCACAAAGAACAAGAUGUGCUAGAAAAUAGUGCCCAAUGUGUUAGGACAAUUAUUCCUUUCAUUUUAAUCUCUUCUUUGUCAGUUUAUACAAUACUCUCUUGAAAUCAGAGUGAUUAGGUAGACUUAUACCAUUAUAAAACUUAUGUAACAUUCACCUCAUUUUGAACUUAAAAUCUCUCACUUUAACUUUCAGUAAAAUAAUGGGUUUUGGUGGUAAUGUUAAUGUUGCACUGAUAUUUGCUAAAAGCUGGAUUAUUAACAUCAUACAGGGUACAGGACAGUCAUAAUAAAUGAUGAAAGACUUUCACUCUAAAGAUCCAUGGCAUAUUGGUGUAAAAGAUAUUCAUGUCCAAGAAUCAUAUGACAGGCACAUAAGUUUGUGCAUUUGUCUCCUACCCUCCAGUGUCUUGAAAGGGUCUUUUUAAAGACUGUGAACUCUCGUAUUGCCAACAUAGUAUGAGAUGCCACAUAAGUAUAGGUGUAAAUCUAUGUCGAACUAUUCAAGUGGGGGGGGGGUGAAACAAUAAGAUCAUCCCCCCACCCCCGAAACGAUAGGUUCACCGCUUGGAUUUAUGCCAGUGCACGUAAGGCAGGAUUUUAUGAAAAUUUAUCAUCAACCAGAAUAAAAUCCCUGAAGCUUUCUGAUAUCCUAUCACUCAAAUUCAUGAAACCAUUAUUCGAAGGUCCCCUUUUUAAAAAUAAGUAAAGGAAAAAUUCAAAUUCUCAUGAGGAAUCAAUGGAGGGAAAAGACCUUGACACCUGGGGCAGUUUUAGAAAGCUGCUCGUAAGAUAAGAGCGACUUUAAAAACGACUGAUGAACCUUUCUUACAUGCUAAACCAUCGCCAAUGAAUAUACCAUUUACCACAAGAAAGGAUCACCAGUCGUUCUUAAAGGCGCUCUUAACUUACGAGCAGCUUUAUGAAACACCCACCAGGAUGGAAUGUUACUCCAGUAUAAUUCACAUUACUGAUUCAAUAACAAAAUUUUAGUUGUGCUUAUAGAAGAAUAAAGAUGAGAUGUGAUUUUGAGAAUAAUGUUUGGUCAUGAUUAAUACCAGUUAUUGGAAUUGCGAGUGCCAUAGCCAAUAAAGUAUUUUAA